GGUUUUCCGUGGUGCCACAUGAAAAUCUAUAUAAUAGCAAUGAAAAUAUGGAUAAAACGAAUACAUUGUACUGCCAUAAUUGUUAUCCUGAAUGCAGCCAUGUGAAGUAUAAUGCGAAGAUGGCUAUGUCUGGUUUGGAGUCUAAUCAACACGUUGCCGAAGUUUUAACUGACGUGGAAAUCAAGAAUCAAUCACUGCUGACGAUAUAUUUUAACAACUUUGGUACGAUCAAAUUGAAGCAAGACGUGAUUUAUCGUUGGUAUGAAGUUAUGGGUGAAGCUAGCGGUAUUUGCGGCAUCUUCGUCGGUUUCAGCCUGAUCGUGGUCGUCGAGUUCGCUUAUUUCGUCGGGCUGUUCGUACUCGAGCUUUUAAAGGGACCAACUCCGACCGAUGGAAAAUGGGCCGAGAGCGAACAAACGCCAAUACAGUCAAUUUAUUGGGGCGAGUUGUAUUCGUACGCGAGAACGACAAAGAAUCAACGUGAUUGAGCUCGUCGUAAAUAUUAGCACGUUUCACGAUUUCAACGUUCGUUUGAGUAAUGUAGUUCAAUUUCAUCUUAUUUUUGCACCUCUGCUUCUUAAAUUUCGAUAAAAUCACAAGAUAUCUUAUAAUAGAAAUCUGAAAAUCAGCUUCGUUAAAAUUAAUUGUAUCUUCACUUUUGUAAACUUUGUUUUUUCUUGUGUAUUUUGCUAGUUUUCAUUAUAUUUACUUCUUGUAGUAUUACCGUUAUUGUGGUAUAUAGUACAGCAGUAUAUUAUUGUAGUAUUUCGUAAUGAAUCUUUGUGGUGUUGUUCCUGACCCCAUUGUUAUCGUUACUUCUGAAAUCGUAGUGUUCUUUGUAAAUUGCUAGAACUUCCCCUUUCGGUGUCUUAACCCUGUUUUGUCAUCGUUGAAAUUCCUCCUCCUCCUGCCACGCCGCUCCUUUUACUCUUGAAAUUCUUUUUAGCGUUUGCCUUCCACUGCACAUUUUAUUGGAGUAAUUCUUCAUUCC